AUGGGCCUGGUAACAAGUCUCAACGGUAUGGAUCCUCAAAUGGAGAACCUGGGCCUUCCUGGCACCUGGGUCUCGUUAUUCUUUGGACUCAUGGGACUAUGUUUUGUGAUUACCGGUGGCUGCAUUACAUUUCUGCACUGGAGGAAGAAGCUGCAGCGGGAGAGGCGUGCCCAGCAUUGGGUGGAAGUGAUGAGAGCUUCCUCCUUCACUUACAGCCCACACUUAUACUGUCUAAAUACCCAGCGACAUCAUGGAAUCAAUGCAGCUCUCAACAUAGGUCCUUCUCCAGCUGUUACCAACAUGAAGAUGAAAGUGCAGAUCCCAUAUUGUCUGUGGGAGACAGACACCUCUGAAGGCAGGGGUUAUGGCUGCAGAGGCAGCAACCCCAGGGCAGAGACCCCUGUUGCUAUGGAAGUUUUCUCAUGGCAGCCCGUAUCGAAUUGGAUGCCACAGCGCCAGACCAGAUCCCCAUUCCCAAUCCCCAUCUUUGAGGAGAUACCCUUUGCCCCACCCCUCCACAAAAUGCCUCCCAUGCUGGAACGCACUGUCUCCUACCCAUUGGACAUCUAUCCUAAAAGGAAUGUCCACUACCAUUCCCUUCCCACACUGGCCCUGGAAUGA